UAUGUUUUUAAUCCAAAAUCAAACCACACACAACCGUUUCUAUAAAAGUUUCUUUAGACAAAAUUAAUGAAUGCUAAUAGAAAAUUACUAAAUUGGAAGGUGGACGGGAUGUGUCAAUGACUUGGCGUGAAAAUGUUAAAGCACACGACGAUCGACUCUUGCCACCGGCGCACGCAUGGAGGGAAAAACUGUAAGCUUCAAUACACACUGCAAUCUAUACGAAUCCCAGUUAGAGGCGAUAGCGCGAUGGCUGAGUUGCAACGGGGAGGUUUGGGGGAUGGGCCCAACGGUGGUGUUCGCGAGCGCCGCCGCGCUGUUCCUGUACAACGAGCUGGAGGCGACCGUGUUCAUAGCUGGCGACCACGGCCAGGUCUCGCUAUUAGAGAAAACCCUCGUUUCGACUAUGGUGCUCGGAAUGUUGGCGCUGAUGAUUCAUCUCUGGGUGUGCUCCAUGCGCUUCUUUCAGUACUAUCUGGACACCCUUAUUAAAGAUAGCCCGAGUAUGCUGCUUGAAAUGACCACAGCGAGCUUUCUGGGCAAAAUGGAUAUAGUCCCUCUCGGCCCUUUGACCCGCUUCCUCAGACAGCAGCAGCCUCAAAUCCACAUAACAUUGUGCUGGUUCCUGUCGCUCUGCUAUGCCGACUACGUGCGGAAGCACUACUGCCAGAGGUUCAACAUGCCAUACCUGGAGCAGUGGCAAACCGAGCUGCAAGAGAGCGCGGUCCGCGGCGUCAACUCCACCAUGCAGCGCGUGAACAGCUUCGUCGGAGCCGUGCAUCAGCGGCUGCGGGGGUACAGACGCGAGCCGCUGACCACUGAUGCGCACACAGUGGAGCGUGCUCAAUGCAUGCGUCAUCGGUGGAGGUCCACCACGCCACUAGCGCCGCUUCCCACGAGUGGGCUGCAGCACGCGGCCCGCGGCCGGGCCAGGUGUGCGCGCGCCUCGUCGGCCAGUCCAGCGACACCACGGCGGGUGCUAUUGAAAAACUCCGAGCAUACAUUGAGGAAACUCGAUGUUCCUGCUCUGGUCCAUCGAACGCCCGCGAGUGUGUUGCUCGCUCCCCCGGGCCUCAGUCUAAGGAGGAUCUACUCCGAUCGACAUCCAUGGAGAAUGACCAGCGAUGAGUUGACGUCAUAUAUCCACAAAAUUGAUGUUUCAGCUAAGUACAGAUCCCUACAUCUUGUCAUGUGGUAUUCUAACAUAUUAACCUUCAUUAGAACCGGGAGUAUAGAGAUUAUUGAAUGGGCAAAAUGUGGAGACAGUCGCUUGUCAGCGAUCCCAACUAUCGUUUGGACGAUCGGCUCCGCGGCAGUCGCGCACCGCCUGAUAUCAACUGUGUUUAGGCGAUUCCUCUUCAGGCGUGUUCCGCUCUGGGAAAUCACCUUGCAGCACUUACUGUUUCUAUGGAUGGUUAUGUACAGUGUCCACUUGUGGACGGUCGUCGUGCACAUCGUGAAGUUCCUUGUCAAAUAUUGUUAUGAAACUGGAAAUUCAUUACCCACAAUCGAUGACUUGGAAAGUGAGAAGUUGAUGCAGCAGUGGAUGCUCUGGAUGUGCGCCGUGUUGCCGCUGUUGCUGUACAUCCACAUCCGGCCGAAGCCGGUGGCGCCGCCGCUCAUGAUAUGGAUAACCACGAACCCGUGGCAACGCCGCGAGAUGGGCGCCUACGGCUACUACUUGAACCGCCCCCCGGCCUCGCUGCCCUCACCCAGCGCGUCCUUGCAAAAACAUGCCCUCGUACUGAGGAGGGCUUUCAGCGACUCCAGCAAAGCUGUCAUUAAGGAAUCAUUGAACUUGAAGAAGCGAAGGAAUUCCAAAUCUGUAUAAUCGUAAUAAACGAAAUUCAAACGA